GUUCCUCUGAGGAAAUUUAUUUUUUACUUCCGUAAACAUGGCUGAAAACAAGGACAAGUCGUUAACAUGCUCAUAAAUGACAGCAGUUUUGAGUAUUGAGCCAUGGGACUGCACACAAUGCUCUCUCGAAACGCCGUCUGUAGAGGAGCUCGGAGGCUGAGCAAAAUCAAAUCAAGCACGUCUCCAUUUUGUGUUUUGAGCAGCGAGCCAUUCCGAGUGUUUCACGACAGGCAACAGCGUCGUUUCACUGUCACACUCGACGACGGAGGUAAAGUGCAAAGCGCGGUGCUGAAGUACUCACGCACGAGUGACGCGCACGUGCAUUUGUUAUCAACUGAAGUUCCGGAGUCUUUCAGAGGUCAAGGAGUAGCUGCGAGUCUGGCCAAGGCUGCACUGGACUUUGUGGUUGAAGAAAGACUAAAAGCAAGAAUCUCGUGUUGGUAUAUUAAAAAAUAUGUCGAUGAAAAUCCACAUCGUGGAUAUCAGGAGCACAUUGAAGACUAAUAUAUUAUUCAUCCAAAUGAUCUACAGCUCCUAUGAAAGGAGUCGUAGGAGCUGAAUCCUGAAUGUGCUGCUAAUUUAACUGUGGAUUUAGCUAAUUAAUGGAGGUUUUAAAUUGUCCGUUGCAUAUCUUACAGAUACUUCAUUUGAAAAUGAACAUAUAAAUCCAACAUCUGUUAGAAUAUCAUUGACUAAAAACUGACCAGAUGGACUGAAUGGAUGAAGCAUGGUAAAGGCCUUAUUGCCUUUAUUUAAUGAACUCAUUGCCCAUAACUCUCAUAUUACACCCAACUAGAACAGAAAAACAUUUAACAAAGUCAUCACAUCAUUAAACACUGGAAAGUGUACUUAUAUGUCAUGGCCACAAAAAUACUGAUGUAUAUAUGACUAUUUCAGGAAGCUCAGUGCCACAGGGGAGAUGGAACGAUUUAUUAACUUUUAUCUUAUCCAUUAUCUUUGUGUGUUUCUUAUUCAUCUGUUAAUAAAGAUUAAAAUAUGAAAUAAUCCUGGAUUAUUAUAAAGCUGUGUACAGACUUUAGCUGUUCUAUUAUUUUCUUGCAGCUGCAGUGAAGGCAUUAAACAGCUUUGUCAUAGAUUGAUGAACUUGUUAAUUAAAUAUAUAAGUGACCUGUCCAUAUUUCAUAUUUU